GUAAGCUUAAAGAGAUGGAUACAAAAAUGUGUUUUAUUCGACACAGUAACACAAACACACCUGUAAAUAAACUGGUUUGAUAAAAGCCCCAAAUAACAUUUUAUGUGUUGCUGGUGGUGGUUGUAGUUUCACAUCUGCAAGAACUUUAUACAUUUGUAAUCCCCAACUAAUUGAAAACAGUACAAUAGUACAAAACUGUGCAUAAUAUGUAUCCCACCAACACAUUUGUCUUCAAUUUGUAAAAAUGGAGCAGGCACAACUAAACAACUCUUUUAAUGAAUUUCAGCACACAUCAGGAGUCUGAGGAUAAAAAACAUAGGACCAACCAUUCAAUUAAGGUGGAAGCCAAGGAUGUUAGAAGGCUACAUGAAAACAAAAAAGUUCUGGUUUGAACUUCAUGGGUGAAUUUAUAAAGUAUUUAUAAACAAUAAGAAAUAUGCACAUACAGUUAUCCUCCAAGAUUUUUCUGAAAGAGAGAAAUCAGAUUUUAUUAGCUACAUUUCUAUGAGGGUAUUUUUCUAUCACUUUGAGCCUUUGUCCUGUUACCAUGGUGACUGUAUCAACAAACUGAAAGUGAGUUGUGUCCUUUAUGUUAUCUUUAUUUCAUUAUGAUGCCUAAUUGCUUUCUGUUAUUAUAUCAAUGUCACACAUGUUGUAAGCGAUGCAUAUAAAGUGAUAAGAAAGAGGCUAUUAACUGUAUUGUUGCCAAUGUCACGUAGCAGAGCUCGAGCACCGCCACGCGGUUAUCAUCAACACCGCAAGUGUUCACAGUGCGCGUGCUCCUCCUGUGACACAUCCGGCUGGUCCGUAUCAAUCGAUCAGAGAGAGGAAGAUGGCGGCCAAGGGAGAGCAGGGCAGGAACGGAUCGAUCACCGAAAAACUCGAUUGGGUUUAUUUUUCCUAACUGAGCCAAAAAGUCCGUAACAGCGCCUGGUCCGGCUGUUUGAACCCGGAGUGAGGAACGAUAAUAAGGAGUGCACACAGCCAGUACCAGCCCGCCAGCCUCCUCGGCCAUCAGGAAGCCUUCAACACGAUGGAGUUCCCGUGGCACAGUGGGAAGGUUCUGGAGCAGCUUAACCGCCAGCGCAAGCAGGGCCUGCUAUGUGACUGCACAUUUGUCGUGGACGGGGUGGACUUCAAGGCCCACAAAGCUGUGCUGGCGGCCUGCAGUGUUUACUUCCGCACCCUCUUCCUAGACCAGAAAGAUGUGGUGCAUCUGGACAUCAGCAAUGCAGCAGGUUUGGGUCAGGUCCUGGAGUUUAUGUACACAGCCAAGCUGACUUUAAGUCCUCAGAACGUAGAAGACGUGCUGACUGUUGCGAACUUUCUGCAAAUGCAAGAGAUCGUAAAUGCUUGCUCUGCGUACCAGUCAAUGGCAAAUCCAACUCCGUCCCUCAUAACACUGGAUUUCGCUGUCGAAGAUAAAACAGGUGAAGGAGAGCAGAGGGAGGAACUGGAGAGAGACCUGUCAGAGGUGGCAUUACAAGCAGAGGAGAGUUCUUCUAGCAUCCCCACGGAAGAUCCCGAGCCCACAGAAAGUAAGGACAGUUUGGAAGAAGAUGUUGAAGACGUCUCUACUGAAACACAACAGACUGCUUCUCAGCCGAACCCCGCCAGACCCUACUUGGGCCGAGGACGACCCCCUAAAACUACAGCCCUCUCUGCUCAAAAGAAGAUAACUGUAAAGAAGGAGGAAGCAAGUGCUACACAAGAUGCAACUGAAUUUCAGGACGAUCCCUCUGACGCUGACUACAUGCCCAAAUCGCCUCUCAAAUCUGCUGGCAGCUCAUCCUACAUGAGCUCUCGGGGGAGAAGAAUCAGAAAACCUCCUCGACGAAACUUCCCACCCGACAAUGACUCUGAGGAUGAGGGCACAUCGAGGGUAAAGACUAAGCAGAAGGCGGAGGAGCCGGCAGAGGAUGCCGGAGGAGAGGAGGCCGACUCCAGGGAGCACAGCGAUGGGGAGGCUGAUGAUGAGGAGGGGGCUGUGGAGGAAGACGACGAGGGCAGCCACCAGGGGGAUGGUGUCGAUUCGGGCAGCGAGAGGGACGGGAGGCAAACUCAGUCAGCGUGUAUGAGCAGCCGAUCCGAGUCGAAGCCUUACAGCUCCGUGACACACAAAUGUGAGGACUGUGGGAAGAAAUUCACCCACACUGGUAAUUUCAAGAGACACAUGCGUAUUCACACAGGAGAGAAGCCGUUCACCUGUCGGGACUGCAACAAGGCUUUUUCUGACCCAGCAGCCUGUAAAGCCCAUGAGAAAACACACAGCCCCCUGAAGCCGUACUGCUGUUCUACUUGCGGAAAGAGCUACCGCCAGAUCAGCCUGCUCAACCUGCACCGCAAGCGCCACACAGGUGAAGCACGGUACAGCUGCGAGGUGUGCGGCAAGCUCUUCACCACGUCCGGCAACCUGAAGCGGCACCAGCUGGUGCACAGCGGCGAGAAGCCGUACCACUGCGACUUCUGUGACAAGGCCUUCUCCGACCCCACUGCCAAGAUGCGACACUUGGAAACACACGACACAGAGAAGGGCAACAAGUGUCCGCACUGUGACAAACGCUUCAACCAGAUAGGAAAUCUGAAAGCUCAUUUAAAAAUCCAUAUCACAGACGGGCCCCUCAAGUGCAGGGAAUGUGGCAAACAGUUUACCACUUCAGGAAAUCUGAAGCGACACUUGAGGGUUCACAGCGGGGAGAAACCGUACAUCUGUGUGCACUGUCAGAGAGCUUUCAGUGACCCCGGAGCUCUGCAGCGACAUGAACGCAUCCACACAGGAGAGAAGCCUUGUGUCUGUCUUACCUGUGGCAAGGCCUUCACCCAGGCCAGCUCCCUCAUCGCUCACGUCCGCCAGCACACUGGAGAGAAACCCUACGUGUGUGAUCGCUGCGGUAAAAGGUUUGUGCAGUCCAGUCAACUGGCCAAUCACAUUCGACAUCACGACAACGUCCGCCCACAUAAGUGUCAGAUGUGUAACAAGGCGUUUGUCAAUGUGGGAGAUCUGUCAAAGCACAUCAUCAUUCACACAGGGGAGAAACCUUUCCUGUGUGAUAAAUGCGGCCGGGGGUUCAACCGGGUGGACAAUCUCCGCUCCCAUGUCAAGACCGUCCACCACGGCAGGGCCGGCAUGAAGCGGCUGGUGGUCGCCGGGGGCAGCUCAGACGAGGGGGCUGACGGGUGUGCCGGGGCAUGCACCUCUGAAAGCGAGAUCAACAUAGUUACCGUCACCACAGAGGACAUCGUCACCCUGGCAACAGAGGCCCUGGCAGCCAGUGCUGUAGCUCAGCUCACAGUAGUGCCAGUGGCUGCUUCAGUGUCUGCAGACGAGACUGAGGCUUUGAAAGCUGAAAUCACCAAGGCAGUAGAGAAAGUGCAAGAAGCAGACCCCAACACCCAGAUCCUCUAUGCCUGUGAUUCAUGUGGUGAUAAAUUCUUGGACGCCAGUUCCCUAGCUCAGCAUGUACGCAUCCACACAGCUCAGGCCUUGGUCAUGUUUCAGGCGGAUUCAGACUUCUACCAGUACACCACAGCUACUACUGCUGAGGGGGACACUGCCGCAACAUGGCAACCCACAGCUGAACAGGUCAUCCAUGAAGGGGAGCUCAUCUUCCGUGCCCAGGACGGAGAGGGAUCAGAAGGAGGGAAGAUGGGGGAGACGCAAGAACAAGGGGAAGGGGAAGGGGAAGGGGAAGGAGGGGUGAUUUCUGAGAAGGGGGACGAGGAUGGAGAUGUGGAAAGCCAUAGUGAGCUCCAGGCGGAGGAAAAAGAUGAUGCUGCAGCAGAGGUAGAGGAAGAAAAGACAGAGGAGAUGGAGUGUGAGAGUCAGGGGUAG